ACAGAGCAAAGCGACGGGAGCUCAGCAGCGGCGAGACAAGAAAAUGGCGAUCAUGCAGGAUGAAUGCCUCCCCUCGUAGAUGCUGCAGACGCGUUGACUUUCUUUAGCCUUACAGUCGGCUUUCCUUUCCACUCUGUUGCACUUUAUACUUCAAUGAGAGAUUUGGAAUUGGAAGCUGUUGCCACCAAAGAAACUGAAGCAUCUUAACAGGGAACACACCCACAGAGGGAAGAACAGUGGAUGGAAGAGAGAGAGAGACAGAGAGCGUGACAAGGAAGGAGGAUAAGAUACAGGUGUGAACAAAAGUGCCAGAGCAUACCGAGGCAAGACAGUUAUUAAUCUAAACCACACACCCCCGUCCCCACACACAAUAUACACACUCACACAAACCUGCACACACAUACACUCCUCAGCGAUGCCAAGGGGGGCUGAUCAGCCUGCUGCCUGCUCUGACAAGCCCUGCCUCCUCACCUCACACCCUUGAGGCUUUGCUCACUGAGCUUCGACCUUUGACCUCCCCUCUGUCGACCUGGGAACCAAAGGUCACCUGUUCUCCACUAAACCCGGGGACGCCCUCCUGCCCAACCAGGAGUUGCAGCCACCAGAGGCACUGAAAGGCAUGGCUCCCAUUCGGGAUUCCGUCAGCCAUUCUCCUAAUCAAACAGGUUUGGAGCAUUCUGGCUUGGACUCGCAGUAUGAGCCCUGGUCCUCUGGCUCCCCCUGCAGCAGUGACAGCAACAGCAACUGGGGCAAAGUCCUAGUGGACGGAAGCACCGACAAAUCCAAUAACCCUUGUUCAAGCAGCUCCUCUGUGUGGCCUCCCUCCUCCUCUUCAUUUUCUUGUUCCUCUUCUUCUUCUGGUUGUGGUUCAGGAUCAGAUCCAGAACUGGCAUCAGAAUGCAUGGAUGCAGAGUCUAGCUCCUCAAUCAGCUCAGAGAAAAGCCUUGGCGCUGCAACUACAGUGAUGAUGUCAGCAAAUGCUUCUUCCUUGGUGUCCUCUGCAGCAGCUUCCCCCUCCUCCUCUUUGGCGACUUCUACCAUGAUGGUCGGUGUUACUUUGAACGGAGACAGCAACAGUAGUCAGGUAAUAAAUGGAGGUGUGGGAACCAUCAGUAGUGCAAAUAAUGGAAAUGUCACUGAGUCCUCACACUACUCCAUGGCGGGGUCAAACAGUAUUGGCAGCAAUAACAUGAGUAACCACAACAAGGUAGUCGGCGGUGGUGUAUGGGGUAACCAGUCAGUCAGUAAUAUGAUCACCACUGAUGGGAGCAAACCCUGUAUCAAUGGAGGGUUAAACCCAAAUGCCAACCAUGGUGCCUGGCCACAGAAUCAAACCCCAAGCCCAGUGUGCCAGAGCCAACGGCCUCCACAGGCUCAGGGGAUGGGCUCCAAACUCGGUAUGGCUUCCCAACUGGGCUGGGGUUGCUUGGCAGCUCCAGACAACAGCAUGAUGGAAGACACAGAUGUGAAUAAUGGUACAUCAAGCAGCAAGGUGUUAGGAAGCAGCAACGGUGGAAAUGGUAGUUUGCAGCCUCUCAAUCUUAACACUGAAUCCAAUGGACCAAAUAACACUAUCUUGAUGAAUACUACUACUACUACUAACACCACAAUGACCUCUAGUCCACCAAACUCUACCGCCUCACCCCAGCUCAGCGGGGAUUGUUCCUGGGGUUCCAUUGGAGGAGGAAUUCGGGGUCCGCUGGCCAAUGGAAAUCCCUCAUCAGCCUCCCAGCACCCCCAAGGAGAGUUGGGGGGUACUGGGGCCUUUGGUACGCCUUGGGGCGCAGCUACCUACCCUGUAGACAAGGGGCCCCCAAAUGUAGACACUGUGAACCCCCAAAUCUCCUCUACUGCUGCUUUCAAGAGUAAUAAUAACCACAAUAACACUGGGGCCCCAUGCUGGGACCAGGGGCCCACCAACAACCCAAACCAGCCUCAGAGCAACUUGUCCUGGGGUGUUGGCUCGAAUCAAAUCCCAGGGUCUACAGGCCAAACAGGAAAUGGAAACCAAACUACUAUGGGCCCUCCAGCAGGGAUACCUCGCCCCUGGGGCAGCAGUGCGUCCUCCACUUCCUCAUCAUCAUCCUCUUCUGCAUCUAACAACAAAAUGUCAAAUGGAGAUUGGGGAUCAGGGACUUCUGGUAACAACCAUUCAGAUGCUGGAAGUCAUCAAGGAAGCUCUGCCAGCAAUGGCUGGAAAAGCCUAGAGGACGAUGCCAUGGGCAUGGGAGGAGCAGGGGGAGCUGGCAGUGGAAGCCAUGGCUUUGGAAAUGUCAGUGGAGGCUGGGGGCGCUCUGGAGGAAGUGAAGGAAGCGGUGAAAGUUCUGGAGGGCGAUCCAACUCAGACAGAGAGAGCAAUCAACUUAAAGGAGGAAACCGCAGAAAGGUUAUCCAAACUGUGUCAGCACCUCCUGUUCCGGCCCAGCCUGAUGUGGACCCGAGGGUUCUGUCCAACACUGGAUGGGGACAGACGCCCAUACGGCAGAACACUGCCUGGGAUGUCAAUUCUCCUAGCAAUCAGCACCAGGGACCCAGAGGAGAUGAAAGGAAGCAUAUUAGCGCAGGCUCCGGCUGGGGCACAGCCGCGCCGGCAGCUCCCUCCCAGACCUCUGCAGGCUGGAGGGGUGGGCCACGCAGCUCCGGCCCUGAUAGUGGAGUUUCUGGCUGGGGAGAGCAGAGACAAACAUCUGCCUGGGACAGUAAAGGUCCCAAUAAUGGAGGAACUAGUCAGAGUGGCUGGGAUGGUGAAUCCAGCUACAAGGGCAAUAACAGUAACACCUGGAACAAUAACAACAACAACAAAGAUGACAGGUCCAACACAUGGACUAAUACACCGAAACCGCAGCAGGGCUGGGGCUCCAGUGGUGGGAACGGGAGUGAAUCGUGGGGCGGUACCGUUGACGGUGGCAGAGCAGGAGCCGGCAACCACUGGGGAGAACCUCAAAAAAGUGCCGGCUCAGCGAGCUGGGACAGCGACAGCGACCGGUCCGGCUCUGGAUGUUGGAGCGAGCCAAGCCGAACCAACACGAGCAGCGGUAACACCUGGGCCGGCAGCGGAGGAUCAAAUACUCCAGACCAGAGCACUCCGAACCCAAGCUCCAACUGGGGGGACUCAGUCCACAAACCCAAUCCUCACAGUAACAGUCAAGGCUGGGGUGAGCCAAAGAAGAACAACCACGGAGCUCAGAACUGGGGAGAGUCAAACCCUAAACCCUCCAAUGAGUGGGGAAAAGGUCCUGAACCAAACAUGUCCCGAAGCACUCAAGGCUCUAGCAAGCCCACAGGCUGGCUUGGAGGUCCCAUUCCCACUGUAGGUCAGAAGGAGGAAGGGACAUCUGGGUGGGAAGAACCUUCUCCAGAAUCUAUCCGUCGAAGGAUGGAGAUAGAUGAUGGAACCGCAGCAUGGGGAGACCCUGUUAAAUACAGCGGUGGACCUCCCAACAUGUGGAACAGGACAACCCAGCCAGAUCAGGAACCCAUGGUUUCAUCCUCGCAGCACCGGCCCCAUCCAACACACAACUCUAUGCAGCCAGAUAAAAGCUGCACUUCGGGUUGGGGUGAACAUUACUCCCAGCAGAAGGAAUCUUCCACCUGGGGUGAGCCUGCACCUAAUCCACCAGUGACUGUGGACAAUGGCACAGCUGCCUGGGGGAAGCCCGUAGACAGCAACCCUGGCUGGGAGGAACCCAGCAGGGACACUCGAGACUCUGGGGCUGGUUGGGGCAACCACCACAAAACUGGUAAACGUCCCAAGCCUAUAGAUACAUGGUGUAGUGAAGAUGUGUCCAUGGGAAAUAGCUGGGAUCAGGAAGAAGAGGUGGAGAUUGGAAUGUGGAGCAACAGCCAGCAGGACAACAGAUCUAAUGACCACAACACCUGGAACUACAAACACAAAAGCUCCAAGAUGAACAAGCCAGUCAAACAGGAGGAACUCUGGAUGAAACCUUUAAUGAACCAGUUCAACAACAUGAACUUCCCUAGAGAUGCUCCUGAUGAUCCCAUGAAGGGAGGACCAGGGAUGGUGACAGACAAGCGCAUGGACAUGAGCAGCAUGGGAGACUAUGGUGGAGUGAUGGGGAAGAACCCAGGGUCUCGACACCAGCUCCACAAAGACUCUGCUGUAGAUCGCAGUCCUUACUAUGACAAGAAUGUAAACCCCAUGUUAGGUGGCAGCAGCGUAGCACAGGGCCGAGGCGGCCCCCAGUCUCAACCCCCUCCUCAACCUAAUCUUCGCAACCAAGUGCCUCCACCCAUCCUGCCCCCUCAGGUCCCUGCAUCCCUGCUGAAAUAUCCAGGAGGUAACGGAGGUCUGAACCCUCUGUUUGGCCCUCAGCAGGUGGCUGUGCUCAACCAACUCUCCCAGCUCAACCAGCUGACACAGCUCAACCAGUUACAGCGCCUUCUCCUCCAGCAGCAGCAGCAGCAGCAGCAGCAACAACAGCAACAGCAGAAGGUUCAAAACCAGAGAGCUAUGCCUGUUCGUCAGACUGAACAGACACGUCCUAUCGGUUCAUCCCCAUCAAUGAUGCAGCCGCCACGGCACUUGGACCCCUCCCUGCUGAAACAGGGUCCACCACUCAAACCUUACCAGGAGAGCUACUUGUCCCACAAUACCCCUGACAUGCAGAAGAAUGCUGCCAGUCUUGGAUCCUUCAGCAACUUCCCUUUAAGCUUGAACUCUAACCUGAAUGUACCCCUGGACAUGGCCGUUGGAAGUAUUGGUGGUGUGAGCUACAAAGAACCACCCCAGUCCAAACUGAAGAAACUUUGGGCUACUGACCCUCUGGAGCAGAACAGUAAACCUGGUGCUAUGUCAUCUGGGCUGCGUCUGGAGGACUCCCCCUUCUAUGAUUUCCUGUCUCCUGGCCCAUCUCCCCUGAGUCCUCCCGGCCAGUCAAUGGGCUCCGUGGGUGAUGGCUGGCCAACCCGUGCCAACUCCCCCCCGCCCCAUGGAAACUCAGUCACCUGGCCCCCAGAGUUCCGACCUGGGGAGCCUUGGAAAGGUUACCCAAACAUAGACCCCGAGACUGACCCUUACGUGACCCCCGGCAGUGUCAUCAACAACCUCUCCAUCAAUACCGUCCGCGACACAGACCACCUCAGGGACAGGAACAACGGGCCAUCCUCAUCACUGAACACCACGAUGCCUUCUAACAGUGCCUGGUCAUCCAUUCGUGCCUCCAGCCACAGCGGUUCCCUCACCAGUACAGCACAAAGCACUUCAGCUAGACCCAGUGAGUCAAAGUGGUCUCCUGGCGGUGGUUCUGUGUCCAACUCCUCCCUGGCCCACGAGCUGUGGAAGGUCCCCCUGCCUCCCAAGCCGCUGCCAGUGGCGGCCCCCUCCAGACCACCACCUGGCCUGCACAGCCAGAAGCCCUCUGGCUGGGACGGCUCUGCCCUGAGACUGGGGGGCUGGGGCUCCACUGAGUCCAGAUACACACCUGGUUCCAGUUGGGGUGACAGCAGCAGCUCAGGGAGAACCCAAUGGCUUGUUCUGAAGAAUCUCACACCUCAGAUUGACGGCUCUACACUGAGGACCUUGUGCAUGCAGCACGGCCCUCUGAUCACAUUCCACCUCAACCUGCCACAUGGUAAUGCCGUGGUAUGCUACAGCUCCAAGGACGAGGCCGCCAAGGCCCAGAAGAGCCUGCACAUGUGUGUUUUGGGGAACACUACUAUUAUGGCAGAGUUUGCCAGCGAGGAGGAAAUCAGCCGUUUUUUUGCACAAGGGCAGUCAUUGGCAUCUCCCUCCUCCGGUUGGCAGACCAUUGGCUCUUCUCAGAGCAGAAUGGAUCAGUCUCCAGCUUUCCCCAGCCGUGCUCCUGAACCGAGCCAGUGGAACAGCAGCGAUCUACACAGCUCCUCCCUCUGGGGCAGGCCCAACUAUUCCAGUAGCCUGUGGGGGAACCCCGGCAGCACGGAGCCAGGGAGGAUCAGCAGCCCUUCUCCAAUCACCUCCUUCCUCCCAGUGGAUCACCUUACAGGGGGUGGGGACUCCAUGUGAACCACCUGCCCGUCAGCCAGGCUGGGAAGAAGGGUCAGUAGAGAAUUUAUCAAUAAUCAGCAGAAGAAAAUGGAGAAGAAGAAGAAAAAAAGUAGUUAAAACGCAAAGGCACUCGUAGGACUCUUUCUCACAAGAUAUUCAACAAAACGGGGUUUCCCCUGUGGAAUACAAGUUACGUUUCUCUCUCUGCACAUAUGUCCACUUUGUUUUAGCCCAAAAACAUAUCAGUCGGAAUACUUGAAUCAUGCAGGCCAAUUCUAUAAUGUGAACAGAUGGAUAUUUGCUUCCAGGUAGUGCUCUUUCAGACCGAAAAAAAGCUUCAGUUGAGCUCAUUAUUAUAUAUAUAUUUUUUGUUUCAUUUGUUGUUUAUUUGAAUUCCAAUUCUUUUUAUUUUUAACGUUUUUAUUUUUUUUUUCUUUUGCAUUUGUUUGCUGACAAUGUUGGAGUAUGAGCUUUUUUAACUUUGCACUGAAUGUGGUUUUUUUUCUCAGUAUAUAUAAUCUGCAAUAUAGAGGGAGCAGCCAGUUUUUCCAGUGUAGCUGUUUACUCAUUGAGGUCCUUACCGUGUGCGUGUAUGCAUGUGUGGAAGUACUUUGCAUGUGUGGAAGUACUUUGUAUGUAUGCGACUGCGAGUUGUGAAUGAGUACGUGUGCGCUCCUCUCUGCCUUGGCACGCCUACCUUACUGCGUUGUCGUGGAGUUCAAGAUCAACAGAUAGUUAAAGAAUAAACCUGACUUAGGAUGAUUAUCUGGUGAUAGAAAAAGUGACAUUUAAAAGUAUUGCACCGAUAUUUUUUUUUCUUUCUUUUUUUUUUUUUUUUCUUUUUCUUUUUUUUAAACUAAAGAACGUUGAGCUCUGCAGUGCAAAGGACUGUAGCCGCAGCUGGGACUAGCAAGGCCCGCCCUUCGAAUAUAGAGAGUGGGGCCGAUCUAGCAAGCCCUCUCAUUGGCCCCCUCAUGGGCAGGGAGGGAACAGCACUUUCAGAAUAGGCUUUCAAUGUUUUGGAGGUGCCACACUGCAACCUCUUGUUUACAAGACUUAGGAGGCGGAAUGUGUGUUCAUUCUUCAUUUUAAAGAGAAGAUGGAAUAAAUGAGAAAAUGCACAAAAAAAUUAAAAAGCUUAAAAAAAACAACUUUGUAUAAAAAUUUAUAAAAUGUAAAAACCACAAAAAAAAGUAAAAUAAAAAGGAAACUCUUAAUGAGGAUGAAGAUCAUGCUUUGUAACUCUGGGAAUUCGGAUCAGUGUUUUUGGCCAUGGCAUUGGUUAUUUAAACUAUUCCUCUUUGUCUGCUAAAUAACCAGCAAUGGUCCUCAGGAAAUCAAGCCAGUUUUACCCCCCCUUGUAGUUGAAUUAAGAAAAAUAAAAUAAAUGAAUGAAAAUAAACUACUACUCCUUGUAGGAAAGGAAAAUCCAACUUCUAGCACUGAAAACUAUGUAUAGGUCUAAUUUUUUUUUCUUUUUUUUUUUUUUUUUUUUCCUGCCAAAUAACUGCUUUAAGCUGGAGAAGCUCAACACACUGCUUUCAAUAUGCUGUCUUUUGAGGGAGAGGGAGGGUCCCAGUCUUGGGAGGGGGGGGUGGAGGAUGAGCUGUAGAAAUCCCAGCGCUCCUCUCUUCUUCCUCCUCCUCCACUCCAAUGAUGUAAAAAUUGUGGGGAGUGUCUAUUUUGAGUGUGUGACUGUUAGUGGAAAAUGUUCUGUCUUGUCAGACGUAUAAACCAAGAGAAAGGCAAAUCUGUAUCUAUGCAUACUGUAGCCUCUCACAUUCACAUGGCGUACUGAGAGGCGUUUUUUUUUUUUUUUUUUUUUCUUUCCCUAUGUCUCAAAAUUGUUUUUAAUGUUUCAUUAAGUACAAAAAAGUGCAAAAUAUUACUUGCUUUUUUUUUCUUCUUUUAAAUCAUUGCCACAAAUGGUGUUCAAAAAAGGAAGAAAAACUUUAAAAUCCUGUUUGGGUUGAAGAUAUUUUAACAGUGAAAAAGUCGUCCGCAUUUCAUUGCCUUGAUCCUAAUUGUGUCCGAAGAUGCAACAAAAAGUCAAGUGGCUUCUACCUGUUUACAAAUAGAAUAUGAUUGUAUUUUUUUUUCUUUUCUCUUUUUCUUUCCUCCUUUGGAUCAGGGGAGGGUGGGGUGCUCAUCUGAAGUUCCUGACAUCAAGAAUUGUGUGUGCGUGUGUGUGUGUGUGGAUGUGGAUGUAUCGGUGGAGAUCUGCCGCUGCAGGGGAAGGGUUAUGGGUGGUGUGUGUGUUUGCGUGACUGUUGAUCCACCAGUUGUGUAUGUUGACAAAUACAAGUGUGAAUAAUGGAUUUUACUUAUCUGCCAGUGAUUAAGUCACUACGAUGCACAAUUUUUUGCAGCGAAACGAAAUUGCGUGAAUGAGAGAUCAGCAUUAGCGAAGCCAUGGACCUUAAUUUCUUUUCUUCGUGUAAUAUUUCUGUAUUAAGCCUGUUGUGUUCUCGUGCACAUGUUUUCCCCCACCCACAUAGAUUUUUAUUUCGAAGUACUAUAAGCAUUGGCUUCAGUAGUGUGUUUUUUUUGUUUUUUGGUUUAGUUGUGACUAUUUAACAACUUCAAAGCAUAUGUAGUGAGACAGAACCUCGAGUAUUAGCCAGACUUGACAGUGGUGUGUGCCAGUAUUGAAUGCUCUCUACCAAAUAAUUCAAUCAUACAAAAGAGUAGUUUACUGAAUUCCACAUCUCUUUGCUUAAAAUAUAUAAAUGAGUAUAUAAAUGAAUAUCUUAUUUGUGUUUUUGUUUUUUUGUCUUGUUGAACAGUUGUUAUCAAAUGACACACCUGAACUGCGUUUAUUCAUGUAUUUUUGAGUCUGAUGAAUUGAACUGAGGAGCCUUGGAGUUUGCACUUGAGCGGACGGGAGGGAAGGUGGAGCGAGCAGAGAGCAAAGCCGAGCGGGCGGGGCAGGAGCUUGGGUUUUGGUCUGAGAGUAUAGUGACAGGGUAGUUUUGUUUCUCUAUCUCUCUCUCUGAGGUGCGUUUACUUGUCCUGCUUAAGUGAAAGGUCGGAGGUGCGAGCUCUUCUUGCUGAGCCUGAAUGUAGCUCGAAACGGUUCAAAAGGUCUGUUCCAACAUCUCUGCACCUCAUCAGCUUCCACCUUGCACCCGCUGAAUGGGAAAGAUCCAGAAAGGCAGCCCCUGCUCACGGUUCGUUGGAUGUAAAUGAAGAAUCCUGCUGCUGUCCUGACCGCACCUGGUUGCCGUAGCGAUCUUCGGUGCUUGUCGGAGAUGCUCGUUUCUUGAGCUGGACUGAAACGAGGCGAGGGCUUGUUGUCGGCCCGUCGCGACUCAGGCAAGGGGAUGCGACUCGCGAUCGGCUGGUUCUUCCUGGCUUUUCAGGGACCCGGGGUUCCUUGCCUCCUCGCUGGCUUAUCCAGGUUCAGCUUUCCCUCUCUCACCCCUGAGCUUAACUACAGGAGGGGAAUAGCAAAACUGACAAGAGGUAUGGAGCAAGUAAACUCUUAAUUAUGUAUGUUCCCUUUCUGCACAUUGAAAUUACUUUACACUUUGUUCAUUCUGACAGUUUCUCUUUGGCCGUUUCUUUCCUCAUGCUGAUACAAGAGCAGUUUUGUCCCCGUUUAGUGCCGCUACCUUAACCAUUAGUGGGACAAAACCUGCCCUGAUCAGCAGCCCAGGAGGCUUCGCUCUUGGAGAAGGGACAAGCAAAAUCUGUAAAACUCCUGUGUUACUGUUGUAGUUCCCAGCAUAAACGUGCCGUCUCCGUUUCAUCCAAUCUAGUGUGGAGUGUGUGUGUGUGUGUGUGUGUUUGGGGGGGGGGGUGUGCAGAAACAGUGUACAUGUGAGCUCUUUAUCAUGCCAAAUUAAGGAGGGAGGCUGAGAGGAAAGGAAAGGGAUCGUUUUGUUUUAGUUAUGUAUGUGCGCAUUAGUGUAUUUAAAAAGCUGGACAAUAUUAAAUGCUUGAAGAAGAAAAAAAAAUUGCAAAAGGAUGAUGUGAGGAAAAACCACCAUGAGCAAUGUACAAUCCCCAGGGCUGCCAAGCAGCUUCCCGAGAGGGCCAGACGAGGGGAGGGAGGGGAGGGACGAAGGAAACAAAGAGGGGGAGGAGAGGAGGGAAGCUGGCUGGUGAUACUCUACUACUUUUUAAUAUUUAAGAUUUAAAAUAAAAAAUGUGACUCAUUAUUUCUUAACUAUCCUGUGAGUAAAUGCUAUAUUAUAUCAUAACACAAAGUGGCUCCUACAGUUGAUCAAAAGUGCUAAGGCUUUUUUAUUUUAUUUUGAAGAAGAAAAAAAAAAUUUAAAAAACAAAAAACAAACAAAAAAAAAAACAAACUGUGAGAAUCUGCUGUCUUUGUUGUUUUACACUUAGUAUGACCACACACAAACCCUGAAAAGCUUUAGUCUAACCAGCACAAAGAUGUUUGGGGUGGGG